CCGCGAGUUUUCUACGCUCACGGAUCCUCAGUGCAAUUUUCCCGCUACUACUUCUAUCGUCUCAGCUCGGGAACUGGAAAUUUUCGCGGGAAAAAUUGUUCUCCUUCUGGAGCUAAAAUGAACUCCCUCGAGCUCACUCUGGUCUCCACCGCCACCGUCAUCGGUGCCCUAGCCUCUGCGCUAGCCAUCCGCGUCUUCUUCACAAAACCUAAGAAGCAGUCCCCAAAACUCAAUUCCUCCCAAAACGGCGUCGUUUCCAGGAAGUGCUGUUCUCAGAGCCCUUUCGACCCCUCAAAACGCAAAGGGUAUUUGACAUGGGAUGAUUACUUUAUGGCAAUUGCGUUUUUAUCAGCUGAAAGAUCCAAAGACCCUAACAGGCAGGUUGGAGCAUGCUUGGUGAGUCAAAGUGGUAUAAUUCUAGGAAUUGGGUAUAAUGGUUUCCCAAGAGGUUGUUCGGACGACAAGCUCCCUUGGGCAAAGAUAUCCAGAACUGGGGAUCCUUUGGAGACAAAAUAUCCUUAUGUUUGUCAUGCUGAAGUCAAUGCAAUCCUAAACACCAAUCAUGCUUCUGCUGCUGGACAGAGGCUUUAUGUGACCAUGUUCCCUUGCAAUGAGUGUGCCAAGAUAAUCAUUCAGUCAGGAGUUGCUGAAGUUGUAUAUUUUGUGGAAAAGAGGUUAAACAAUCCAGAUAUCACGUACAUUGCUUCUCACAAACUACUCUCAAUGGCUGGUGUUAAAGUCAGGAAACAUCAACCACAAAUGAACCAAAUUCUAAUCAACUUUGAGGAGCCCUAAGAGUUUGAUUGUUAUCAUCUUAGAUGAAGCUUGAUCAUCAGUAGUAUCUUUCAUAACCACAGAACAGUAAAGACAACUUGUAGCUCACUGUAACGGUUGUAAUGCUUUCUCUAGGUAUCUAGUAUUAGGCCGACUCCUCCUAGGACUCACUGUCCUCUGGUCGGAUCGUUGUAAGUUAAAGCUCUGUAUUACGGUGCAGUCAUAAGACACUCAGAAACCCUAUUGUGAUCUUCUAAGGAACCUCUGAUUUGUA